AUGUCUAAUUCUAAAGACAACCUUAAAGAGAAGCAAAACUUUGAUUUUAGUGAUAUCUAUAAUAGUUAUGAUAAUAAUACUACGGCUAGUGAAGAAUCUAAUAACAAGCAAGAUAAAGUCGAUAAUGAUAUUAACUCAAAAAAACUUAAACAUGAAUUAAUAAAACAAAAUAGCAAAUAUAUGGUUUGUACAUGGUAUACUGAUGCAAAAUGUAACAAUAUUUUUGUAACUAAUACAGAAUAUUUUAAAGAGCAGUAUCUUCAAUGGCAUAUGGAGCGAAUUGAUCAUAAAAAGGUUGUAUAUACUCAUAAUAAAGAUCAACAUAAUCUUGCUGCACAUAUAUAUGAAGAUUUAUGCUAUCUUGUUGAGUUGCAAAUUCAAAAUACCAAUAAUAAUAUUUUACCAAGUAGCACAAGUCUUUUAAAUUUAUCUGUAUUAACAACUACAACUCAAUCUAGCCGUAGUGAAUAUAGUUCAUAUAUUAAUGACUAUGCCGACAAACAAUUUAUUACUGCAAUUGCACGUAUUAUUGAAGAAGCUACACUUAAUGAAUUACAAACAGGAUUAAAAGCUCGUCUUCUAUUUCUUACUAAACAUUAUUGUAUAAAUCACUGUUUAGCACUUGCUUCUAAAAAUGUAGCAGAACAAACUCCAUAUUUUGAAACUUAUGAUGAAAUUAUUCGACAGCUUUAUAUUACUAAUCUUUAUCAGAUUAUUAAUUCAGUAAUUGGUGCACUAUUGGAAGACUUACAAAAAGCAGAUAUACUUUUACAACUUCAUAGACUUUCUUUAGUUUUUCAAGCAGAUUAUGUUUCAGUUUCAGAGAUUACUAUGCAAGUAAAUACAAUUAUUGAAUCUAUUACAACUGAUUUUAUUG